AUGACCUUCAAAAAAGCUUGUGAAUUGAUUUGGGAUGAAGACAUUGAGAGCCUUCGGAAAAUGAAAAAAUUUUCAUCCUUCAUCAAUACCACAGACGAUGAAGGUUAUACAUUAUUAUGUCUAGCUUGUGAGAGUGGUUUGCUUGAAGUUGCGAAAUUUUUAUUGUCUGUAACAGGAAUUGAUGUCAAUAAAAGCACAACAGUAAGUGGUUAUCAUCAUCAACAAAGGAAGAAAUAUUGCAAAGUAUUUACAGAGAGUAAGUGGUCGUACAAUUUUACCUCACGCGUUUACAAAGAUGAACAGGCCAAGUCACCUCUUCAAAUUGCUUGUGAAGAAGAAUAUAUUGAAAUUGUGAAAUUAUUGUUGCAACACUCGAAUAUUCGGAUAGAUGAUGGAGCAAAACAAGCGGCAAUUAAGAGUGGAAUCGGUGAUUUGGAACAGCUGCAAGUAACAACUCGUUUGCAACAACAGUGCUUAUUUCUGCAAAGAGAUGUCAUUAUUUCUCUCAACAAGCCCUCUGGCAUGAAUGAAAAUGAUCAGUUAUUUGGGACUUCCAUCAUUGUAUUCAAGCCUCUCCUCUCAAAAUUACUUCCGUCUUUUCACAAUCAAGUUAUUGAAAACAAGAAAUUUAUAGAGUCAUUGAAUGAAAAAGAAGUUACAAUUUUGCAAUCCAUUAUUGAUUUUGUGAUUUUUGGAUCUUCUAAUUUGACAGUGAAUAAUGAAGAAACUAGUUUGAUUGUUCUCGCAUUGCUGAGUCAAGUGAAAGGAGAUCUUGUUGAUUUGAAAACGAAGAGUCUUGAUUAUAUUAUCGAUGCCAUUCAUUUCGAAAAUAUUUUAGAUAUUUUGGAUGCCCUUAAUUUGCAUCUGAAAAGAGAGGAACAGAUAUUUGGUCGUGAGACUUCCUUUCGAGAUCAGUCAGUAUUACAACAACUAAAAGACUAUUGUUUAAACUAUAUUGGAGCCAAUUCAGAUAAACCUGGAUUUGAGAAGUACAUUGAAAAUGAUGAGAACAAUAGGUGCACGUUUGAACUUGUGAAAUCAUUUUUUAAGAGAAAGGUUGUAAAAAGAGUGAGCAUACAUGAACUUCCAAACAACAUUUCUCAAACUCCCUUGUAUGAUUUAUAUCAAGAGAAGACGGACAUGGACGCAGAGAUACAACUCUCAAAUGGAAAGAGUGUGAAAUGCCACAAAACAAUUUUAAGCUCUAAAGUUCCUUAUUUUCGAACUCUAUUUUCUGGAAACUGGAACAAUACUCUGGAUGUAUACGGUGAAGAGUUGGAAUAUAUUAUUCAAUAUUGUUACGGAUUUGUUUCCAAGGUUCCAGACCAUCUAAUGAUUCCUCUCAUGAAGAAAGCUCACGAAUAUGAAUUGGAAGAAUUAUUGAAAGUUUUGCAAUCCGCCUUUACGAUUUACAUGGAUAAUUUCUUUGAAACAGCACAAAGUUUAGAAGAUUAUUUGGAUGAUCCAACAUUUAAUCAAGUUAAAACAAAAUUGGUCGAUUUUGGAAUUCGUAACAAGAAAUGUCUAUUCACUAAAGUCAAUGCUGAUCUGCUAAGAAGGCUUCCCAAAUUGGAUACUGAAAUUUUAUUAGCGUUAGCUAACAACUAA